GUCUACACAUUGGCCCUGAAGACCCAUGUGGGCAUGUCCGUCCAGACCUUCUGCUGCUUUGCUGGCUGGUGCGACAAGAUUCAGGGUCUGUGGCAUCGUCAUCCCCUGGAACUACCCCCUGAUGCUGCUCUCCUGGAAGACGGCUGCCUGCCUGGCCCCGGAAACACAGUGGUGAUUGAGCCUGGCCAGGUGACAAUUCUACUGUACCUGGCAGAAGUAAUGGUUCAGCUGACAUGGCACCAGAUCCUGGAUCCAGACAACCACUGUAUCCCCUAUCUCACACAGUUGGGGGACCUCCUAGGGAGGUCUUCUGACCUCCUGACACUCUGCUUUCUUAUCAGCUGGUUAAUGAGCACCUGGAUUGGGGAGGAGCAGGAAUGA